AUGUUUACGUCAAGUUCACGCAACAAACAUCUCGCAGUACAUGUGAGAAGCAAACGGCAACUACAAGACACGCCCGAUUCAACCAUUCGCGCAUAUCAUACAGAAACGCGACGCACCACAUCCAGUGCAAAUACAUGUCUUGCGUCGCGGCCACUUGGCGGCAAUUUGAAUUGCGCUGCAAUGUUCUUUGUUGAUGUGCAUGCUGUGUAGUAUGGGAGAGUCGGUAUAUGCGUCGUACAUCCACUUGAGUGUAUCUACGUACGUGAAAAGGAUAGACUUCCGUAUGAGUAUAGACUUCGUAAACAUAUGUGGAUAGAUGUACGUGUGUGCUGA